CCUGUUCUGCCUUUCUUCCCCGAGUUAGCGAAGAAAACUAGAGAAAGUAAAACAAAAGAGAGAAUCUUCUCUGAAUUUCAUUCUAUAAAAUUUUUGGGAUUUUUUUUUUUUUUAAUCUGCGAUCACGAUCCUUCAAUUUCUUUGCGAGAAUGGAGAAAGUGAGGCAAGCAUCGCAUGCAGGCUCUUGGUAUACCGACAAUCCUACAAAGUUGUCAUCGGAUCUCGAAGAUUGGCUAAAAGCUACUAAUUUGACCAAAUCGCCUGACGUACGAGGUGUAAUUGCCCCGCACGCAGGUUAUUCAUACUCUGGUCGUGCAGCUGCCUAUGCCUUUGCAAACAUAGAUCCCACCAACAUUUCCCGGAUAUUUCUUCUUGGUCCAUCUCACCACUAUUAUACUCCAAAAUGUGCACUUUCGACUGCAACGGUUUACAAAACCCCCAUUGGUGAUCUACCUGUUGAUGUGGAGAUGAUUAAGGAGAUAAGAGCUAUGGGGAAAUUUGGAAUGAUGGAUCUCAGGGUCGAUGAAGCUGAGCACAGCAUGGAGAUGCACUUGCCGUAUUUGGCUAAAGUAUUUGAAGGGCACAAUGUGAAAGUUGUACCCAUCUUGGUUGGAGCAGUAAGUGCAGAAAAUGAAGCCAUGUACGGUGAAUUGCUAGCCAAAUAUGUGGAUGAUCCCAAGAAUUUUUUCUCAGUGUCAUCUGACUUUUGCCACUGGGGCUCAAGGUUCAAUUACAUGCAUUAUGACAACAAUCAUGGUCCCAUACACAAAUCCAUUGAGGCACUAGACAAGAAGGGAAUGGAUAUAAUAGAGACAGGAGAUCCAGAUGCCUUCAAGAAGUACCUUCUGGAGUUUGACAACACCAUUUGUGGGCGCCACCCGAUUAGUAUUUUUCUCCAUAUGCUAAAACAUUCCUCAAGCAAGAUUAAGAUCAAUUUCCUGCGGUACGAGCAAUCGAGCCAGUGCCAGACAAUGCGAGACAGCAGUGUCAGCUAUGCAUCUGCUGCAGCCAGGUUGGAAAGUUGAACUAAAGAAAGUCGCAUUCGGUUUCUACAUUUCGGUUUCAAGGUCUUUGGGUCGAAAAAUUUAAUCUAAAAUUGUUCACCAAUGCAAAGAACCUUAGAAAACCAAAGGUUUCGUGUUUACAAUCUUCUGUAAUAAGAAAAGCACAAACUACAAGACCCUCCUCCUUUGACUAAUAUCUAAUUUCUGCAUUUCUCUCACAA